GCGGCCACGGCUAGAGCUAGCUGGCGCAGCAGGCAAAGAGCGCAGUAGUUGACUAGAGCCGCCAUUAUGGCUUUCCGUAACCACGCUCUAGAAGCAAGAAUAGAAAAUCGUUUUUUCCCGUUUAUAACUAAGUGCGAGCACGCCGUGACCACCGGAAUGAACUAGGAAACGUUCCGGGUCGUGUUACCGGGUCCCGGUGGACCUCCUAGCGGACCUUGGAAGUAGGAUUUUUCGCGUGUUUUUUUUUUCUUCCGUUCGGUUUUCUUGGUUUGGGUCCCCGUUUUUUGCACGCAUCCCAUUGAUCGAGUGUGUGAGUGGGAAGGAGGGAAGAAAGAGAAAGAGAGAGGUGACAGUCAACAAAAAGGUGUUUUACCAACACGACAACAGGAGGAGCAAGCGAGAGAGAAAAGAAGCAGAAAAAAAUGUCGAAGCUAUCGUUUCGGGCGAGGGCCCUCGAUCCCUCGAAACCAAUGCCCAUUUAUUUGGCCGAGGAACUGCCGGAUUUGCCGGAAUAUUCGGCCAUCAAUCGCGCCGUGCCACAGAUGCCCAGUGGAAUGGAGAAGGAGGAGGAAUCGGAGCACCACCUGCAGCGAGCAAUAUGUACAGGACUAAUCAUUCCCACGCCGGAGGUGUUCGAGGCGACCGAUUCGGAGUUUUACGACCGGUAUUACCCCCAGGACUACAAGAUGCCCAAACAGAUGAUCCACAUGCAGCCACUCAACUUGGAGCAGGACGUGCCCGAUUACGACAUGGACAGUGCGGACGAGCAGUGGGUCACAACGCAGGGCAAACGGCUCGACCUAGACCCGCUGCGGUUCGAGACGCUGAUGGACAGACUGGAGAAGAGUUCCGGCCAGACGGUGGUCACGCUGAACGAAGCCAAAGCACUGCUCAAGCAGGACGACGAAGUGAGCAUCGCCGUAUAUGACUACUGGCUCAACAAGCGACUCAAGACGCAACACCCGCUGAUCCUGUCGGUUAAGACGGAGAGUAGAGGCAAUACAACCCCCAACAAUCCGUACCUGGCGUUUCGAAGGCGAACCGAGAAGAUGCAAACCAGGAAGAAUCGCAAGAAUGACGAAUCGUCCUACGAGAAGAUGCUGAAGUUGAGGCGGGAUUUGAGUCGGGCGGUGACCUUGUUGGAGAUGAUCAAGCGACGGGAGAAGAUUAAGCGUGAGCAGUUGCAUCUCAGCAUUGAGAUAUACGAGAAACGUUACCAGGCGCAGGACUUCAACGGACAAAUGCUAGCCGAAUUUACCUCCAGUGCAUCAAAAGUUUCAAGGCCCGCUUUCGCUCCAAUCUACUCGAACCAAUACUCGUCGCACCACUCCGCAGUGCCGGGUGCAGGAGUAUCCGGUGGAUCAGGUGUGGGGUCGUAUGGUAGUGGAUCGUCGUCGCAAUACCAUGUUGGUAGUAGUUCCAGCAAACGCGACAAUGAAACUCUGAGCGGCAGCCGUAAAGAGAAGCGACAGUACAAGAAGCGGAAGCAUAAAAUACCGAAGGAACGUUCGUCCGGUAGUGGCUCAGCAGUCGCUGGGAGUUCUGGUGUUGGGCUGGGAUCGGUUGGUGUGGGUUCGGGAGGUGUGGCUGGCUAUCACUACCAGUAUCAUCCGGCUGGGGCAGGUAACGGUGGUCUCAGUAGGACGCCAACGUCGGGCGGUGCCGGCGGACGAGAAGCUACCGUCGGCAGCGGACAUGGCAGCGGCGCCGCCGAUCCGGGUCUGUCCUCCGACGAUGAGGAAUUGGCCAAUUUGCAGGGAAGUUCGACCCCGGAGGAAGAAUACGCUUACGCGUUUCGGCGCAGCAAAUUUAGUCAAUAUCAUAGGCCGAUUACGAAAGCUGUCGGCAAUUGGCCGUGGGAACCUAAGGAGGAAAACGGAGGUGCAGAUCCGCGGUAUCGAUUUACGCUUACUUCCUUACGACAUCCCAGACCCCGCUGCAUUGGUUUCGCCCGGCGACGCGUUGGCCGGGGUGGCCGCGUGAUUAUCGACCGCGUUUCAACGGAUCAGGAUGAUCUGUGGUCCCGGCUGGGUUACAAAAUCAUAGAAACGGAAACCACACCUGCCGCUGCGGUCGCUAUGGAACCCGAAGAGGAGAGCGUUGUCGUUAGCACCACUACUGCUGCGCCCUGCCACUCGACGACCGCGCUACCAACCGCAACGGUGACGACGAACCACCACGAUCUGCCGGAGAAGCACAAAAGUGACUGCAGCAGUAGUAGCCAUGGCGCUCAGGUGAACAACAAGCGAAGAAAACUGAUAAUCAAGGAGGAGGCGGACCUGGAUGAGUAUUUCAUGGCCGGCUUUGGGCUGGUGCGGAAGUGUGACAGUCUAGGGGAGGAGGAGAGUAGCAGUAGUAGGCUUGUUGGGGGAGAUGGUGUGGUGGAAGUGAAACAGGAACAGUGCGAUGAUGAAAGGACAUCAGCAGCAGCAGCAGUAGGAAGAUUGACGUCGUCAUCGACGUUUGUAAUUAGUAGUAAUAGUGGUAGCACUUGUAGUACUAGUGGUAAUGUGAAUAACUCAGAAAAUAAUGUGAUAAAAAGUGAAAUCGAUGGCGAUGUGGCGUUGGAGGUGAAACAGGAAGUCCUGGAAGAUUAUGAGCACAUGAUAGACAAUGUAAAUAAUAGCUAUAGGAAUCGGAUUAGCAACGACAGUCGGCCAGCAAAUGGUGGCGGCAGCAGCAGCAGCAGCAGCAGUAGUAACCUCAACAAUAGACACAAUUUUAUUCAAUCGUUUAAUAGUAGUCUUAGCGGUAGUGUUACGCAAAAUCGAGAACAGUCCCAGUAUGAGCAACAGUCAUCGCAGUUACUUCACCAUCAGACAGAAGCGACAGCCAGCGGGACGCUACAAUCGUCUGGUAGUCGAUUAACUGAAUGUUUCGACACAUCUGCGGAUGGCGGAGCGAUACCUAGUGUGUAUGCUGAUCUCUUGAAUGAGAUUCAGUCCAGUUGGCUUCACUUCCGGCCAAAAACACCGGAACCAAUGCCGUUGGAAGAGAAUUUGCUUGACGAUGAUCCGUUGUUCCAAACGGAUCCCAGUCGGAUAGCCCUAGAGCUGCAAACUCUCGGGUCUGACCUCCCUGUCGAUAUUUUUCAGCAUUCAGAAAGUGUGUUUAGAACCAAACAGUUUUCGUUGGAGAAUCUUAUUGAGCCACACCCGCUUGGACCGGAGGCGGCGCGGAAAGAUGGCGGGGAUGAUAUUGGGAUUAAGCUGGAAACCUGCUCCAACUCCGAUAACAAUAUUAGUGGGGAUAGCCUGAAUGAUCUGAAUCUUAGCUUGAAUGAAUCCAACGAGGAUGAGAAAAUGUUGGACAAAAUAUUGCAAGAGUGCCAAAUUGACGACGUGAAGUCGUUGAACCAGACAAGCAAUUUUUGGAACGGAAUUUUGGAGGACGGGAUACUCAAUCAGUUGGAGGCUGCCGACGAUACCGGUGCUGGCGCUGGUGGUGAUGCCAAGGAAGAUGUUCUCGCUGUCGGUGAUUUAGUUGAUUCUCCCGUUGAGGACGAAUUACCAGUGAACAAAGUUGGUUACUGUUCGGAACUUGUGGGCUAUGAUCGACCUCGGAACGUUGAACGAUGUAAAAGUAAACGAAGGAAGAUUCUGAGGCGAUGUAAUUACUUAGUUGGAAGCAGUUUCUUCGAGGUCAGUAAUCCGCCAAAGGAAGAAAUGUUCAAAAAACUUCCCGACGAAGAUGAGAACAUUCCUCUCGAUAGUGAAAAACCUGAAGCUGUUGAAUCGACGAAAGAAUCGGAGGUCAAAGUGGAAGAAGAAAGUGAACGUGUUUCCGCAACCAUUCCCGCCGAUCAGAUCAAAAUCGAACCCCCCGACGAGUUGCUGGCGGCAUCCUCACCGUCCUCUUCAUCCCGAUCUACACCACACCUGCAGACCAAUUCGACGGUUAUCCCUGCCACGAAUAACAUUCAUCAUUCUAUACCGGCACCUCACAUAAAGAUGGAACCUUCGAAUCAUUUACAGCCGUUAGCAUCGCCUGUAGUCUCAACGACUGCAUCGGUAGUACCAGCAGCGGCAACUUCAUUCCUAAUCACUUCUCCUUCGGUGCAAGUGGUCACACAACCCUCUGCUGGGUCGGCUCUAUUGAAUCCUCUAGUUUCCCCAGCCCAAGCUACAGUCCCAGUUCAAGUAGUCCAACAACAGCAGCAGCAGCAAACGGUACAACAACAUCUGGUACAGCAGCAAACGGUGCAACAGCAGCUUCAACAGCAGCAGCAACAGCAGCAGCAACAGCAAUCACAACAACAGCAACAGUCCUUACCGACCGGUCAAAUUACCCUUGCUACCGCCAAUGCUGGAGGCAGUGCCAGCAGCAGUGGAACCUCUACUCCUACGGGGAGCUACAUCGUUCAGCACACGACACCCAUCGUACUCUCGCAGCAACAAAUGCAGCAAAUUGCCACCAGUGGAGCGAACAUCGUUACCGUCAGUGGCAACCAAGUGGUGACCACGAAGCAUUUCCAGCAGCAGCAACAGCAACAACAACAGCAGCCCCAGCAUCAACAGCUACAGCUGCAGCAUGCGCACUCGCACCAGGGAGAGACGUACGUGUUGACGGCGACCCCAGCCGGACAGUCCUCGCUCAGGAAGCAGAUCAACGGUCCAACCGAUAAGACAGUGAAACAAAACAUCAUCAAUCCAAAGAUCCACACACUUAUCAACCAGAAGCGGCCGGGUGAUCUCAACAAAAAGCAGCUGGAGAUGAUAACGAAGGCGCUGGCUUCUUCGCAGAAGAUGAUCGUCAAGUCAGCGUCUCCAGCGAAUCAUGGUACUGCCCAGCUGUUACAGCAGCAACAGCAGCAACAACAGCAACAGGGCAAUGCAGGCGGAACCAGUUCGUACAAUGUUAUUCACCAGAAUUCACUCCAGCAGCCCAUAACGAUCCUCUCGGCGACCAGCCAGAAUCUCCAGCAAUCGACGCAGAACAAGAUUAUUCUGACAUCUUCGCCCCAGUUGAUACAGCAGGCGGCCGGUCAGCUGAUGGCCGCUGGGCUGGGUUCUCCCCAUGGGAAGAUAGCCAUCAAUUCGAGCCUAAUAGCUGCUGGUCAGCAAACGCAGCAGGCGCAAUUUCAGACGGAUUCCGGCGGUCAAACGACGAGUGGGACGGUGACGGCUGUCCAGCAGAGUCAACAGCAGCAACACGUGAAGCUGGAAAAGACCGUGAAUAUGCUAUUCGAUGCAGACAAGAACCGGAUAUUGUACGCUAAUAUCAAGAACAGCAGGGGUCAGUUUCUGGCUCAACUCAAUCCGAAAGUUGUGAAUAUCAUUCAGCCCCUCCAGCAACAGAAACUGAUAAACAACGUUGGCACUUUACAGCAACAGCAGCAGCAUACGCAUACUAGUAUACAGAACUUUUUAAGCGGGUCACCAACCACCACAAUUGUAAAUAGUAAAAUGAUUCAGCGAAUACCAGCUGUUAGUAUUCGGGCCCAGCCAUUGCACCAUCAUCAGCAACAACACCAGCAGCAGCAGCAAACACAGCUCGAUUCGCACGGAACCACGGCAGUUGCGCUCGCCACCAAUAAUGCGAGCAACAGUAUCAAAUUCAUCCAGGUGACACCAGCGACCGCGGUCAGUGCAGCGGCAGUUGCUGCCGCCGCCAAUGCCAACGAAAACUCGGUGGCGACAGCAGCUGCCGGUUCGGUCGGUGGUAGUGGGAACGCGCUCGCCACUGCCACCGUUGUGGUUCCGUCUUCUUCUGGCACAGGGAUUGCGGGCGGAACUAGCAGUGGGACAGUGGUCACUGCGACCAGUGCUCCUCCGCCCACCAGUAUCAACAUUACCAACAGGUGAGAAUCGAAGUGCAGCCAAAUCGGUAGGUAACUGUUGUUAAUUUUAACUCUAACUUAUCAGUAACUAUAAUAAGGUAACUUGUCAGUGUUGUGUAUCAAGAGGAAAAACAAACUAAAAUGAAGCAAAAACACAUUCACAAAAAGAACAACCAGAAAAAUUCCAGUACGACAAAAAACAAGAAGUAAUCCAAAGUGGAGCGAAAAGCGAAAAAGCGAAAGAUUAUUUCCGACUAUUACUAGCCUAGAGAGCCGCUGUAACAUCCCCUUAUUUUUUAGUCAUAUUUCAACAAGCAUGCUCAUACUUGUUAGGAAUAACACCUUAUCUCUUCCCAUUUUUCGAGAUAGGGUCCACUAUGGGAACUGGAAAGCUUGGUUCCGCACCCCGGGUCGAUUUUGUUUUCUGUAACAUAUAAAUGUAAGUCAGGCGCUACCCGCUUCCUCCCGGGGGGCGUGAUGAUAGUUUAGAACGUACUCGAGAGGAAUAUGUCUCAUCCUUCCAGUAAAUUAUUAUACAUAUAAAAUACGAUAGGACAGCUGCAGCAGCAGCAGCAGCAGCAGCGGCAGAAGUAAAUCAUGUGGAUCAAGUUCAGAUUAGUCCUUCGAGUCGCGUUGACGUGUUGUGCAAAUUUAUCGCAAACAAAGUUUAUUCGUAAAUUAUUAAGAACUAGGAUCGAUAAGUAAGGAAGAAAUAAAGAACGAAAAUACUUUCAAGAGCUGGAUGUAUGUAUGCGAUGAGACGUUGCGAUGGGACAUCAUUUUCUUCGUUAUUCGGAAGUAAUUAGUUCCUCAGACGGGCUCUCCAAGUAUACAGGGGAUAUUCCUUUAGAACUUGGUCUUCUAGAUGUGUCUGAAUUUUAUAAUGCAUGCUAUAUUUCUAUAAAUAUUUUUUUGAAUAUUUAUUUGAAUAUAACAUGUCGAUCGCGAUUUCUCGGGAAAAAAUGUUCUAUUGUAUAUUUCCUGAAAGAAAUUUUUGCUUCAUAGUUACUCUUGUUGUAUUCGAGAAUUUCUUCAUUCCUCCAGGGGAAAUUGUUUUAUCAAAGCCAUGGACAAGAAUUCGUUCACACUGAAGCCUUCGAUGAUACGAUGAACAUCUGCGCCCUGCGUUCAUUUACAGCAUCGGUGCUGUAAGCUUCACACAUUUUUCUGCAUGUUUCAGCUUCUCAUGUGUAAAAAGGUGAAAAAAAUUUCAUUCGUUUUCAAAUCAAUAUAACAUUUGACAUGAUUGGUGAAUUGCCAAACUUUGUUCACAAGAAAAUUAGUCUGAAGUAUCACUUUACAGGCAUGCGAUUUUUUGCUACAAUUGGAUUGUGUUAACCAUCGACACCAUCUAGUGACAGACAAUCGCGGAUACUUUUUAAAUGACUCAAUGUAAAAUGCAGAGUUCCAUUUUCCCUCAUGACUGGAAGUGCAAUAGAAUGCAUUCAUUAUCGUUCUCGAUAUUACGCUUUGUCGUCUGGGAAAAUAAUUCAUACAACUUCCUACGUGCAUAUUUUAGGUGUGUUCAAAAAGUAUCGCGAAUGUUGUGCUUUUUAAAAAAAUAUUUAUUCAUUCAUUAAAAUCUAUUUUGUCCCCUUCAAAGUAAUCCCCAGCCUUCGAAGCACUUAAAAAAAUUUCUUUCAUCUUGUUCAGCUCCUUCUUCGAUGCCGUCUUUAUCUCGUCAAUCGUAGCGUAGUGUCGUCCUUUCAUGGGUCUCUUCAGUUUCGGAAACAAGGAAAACUCACAGGGGCCAGAUCUGGGCAAUACGGUGGCUGCGGCAUCAUUAGUGUGUUGUUUUUGGCCAAAAAGUCGCGCACAAGCAACGAUGCAGGGGUGUUAUCGUGGUGGAAAAGCCAAUUUUUGUUCUUCCACAAAUCCGGGCGUUUCUGGCGGAUUGCUUUUUGCUAAAUUACACAUAACUUGCAGGUAUUAUUCCUUAUUGACCGUUCUUCCCUGUGGCGAGAACUUAUGAUGCACAACGCCCCUGCAAUUGAAGAAAACUAUAAUCAAAACUUUCACAUUCGACCGAACUUGGCGCGCUUUUUUCGGUCUUGGUUCGUGCGGCAGCUUCCAUUGAGAUGGUUGAGUUUUGGUUUCCACGUCAUUAGCAUAAACCCACGCUUCGUCACCAGUUAUGACCCUCUGGAGCAAAUUUGAGUCGUCGAGGACAGGUUCCAACAGCUCAUCAGCAAUGUUCAUGCCCAAAUCAUUGAUAAAAACCGGAUGGUACGAGCCAAUACCUUUUUCUUCAUUUCCUCAAUUUUUUGUCUGUUGUUGAAGUGCUCGGGUGUCCGGCACACUCUUCGUCGUUCACAUCUUCUCGUCCUUCUGAGAAUAUUGUGUAGCACUGAUAAACGCUGCUUCAGUCCAAGGUAGCUUCUACGUAUGCCACAGUCAACAUUCGGAAUGCAUCCGCGCACUUAAUUUCGUUUUUCACACAAAAUUUUAAAUUUGACAGGUUCUUUGAUCCAUUUUUUUUGAAUAGGUAAAAAUCGAAGACGAGCCAAAACACGUGCAAGCAAAGCAGCUGUCAACAAUUUACUGAACAUUCAGAAUGGCCGAACUUGUCGGCAUAAGUGAGAGACAUGAGUACCAACAUAACGCCACUAAAUAAUCGAAAUUCGAAUAUACGUAACCCGCGAAAAUUCAAAAUUUGCGAUACCUAUUGAACAUACCUCGUACACCUAAAAAAAAAAUUGUGUACUUCUCCAGCUACUGAUAAUUUCGCCAAUACAAUGCCACUUUUUUACGUUUUGUAGGUCGUUUUGGUUUGAGCCAUGAAACAUCUCAUCUUCUUUAACCAAAUGAAAUUACCGGCAAUGAGAAUUCCUUCUCCAUACUUUUUCUGAGAUAAUGUUAUGUUGUGGCCAUGUCGGAAUAAUUAUUUCCAAAAAUGUCUUUGCUUCCUAUGUUCCAGUUAGUUUCGGUGGUAAGAACCUCGUUGAAAAUAGUAGAUACAAAUUUUUGAUGGAUUUUCUCCACUUUCUCCAUAUGCGAAUCAAUAUUUCUGAAACCUGUUAAAUGGAAGAAAUAAAUUUCAGAACAAUCCAAAUCCAAUGCAGCUUCAUUGUUCGAAAUUUUAGAAUCAGUUCAUGAUGAUGUUUGCAAGCGUGACCGGAAUAAAUCGCCGCAGUAAGCAACUGAAACAGAAACAACCGCUUAGAAAAAUUGUUGUGGACUAGAAAUAUUGUGGCGCGGGGAAACAAUCAUGUGUAUAAAUACCUCACCUUUGUUUUCUCGUUUUUCGAAAUUUAUUCCGAGGUUAAUGUAAUGGAGACGAAGUCUCCAUUUAACGAGGAUAAAGAAUCGAGGCGGCCCAAGCCGCCAAGAUGACGCGAUCCGAGUCCACUGCCGACCCGCCGUUGGAAGCGGCGAUGUCUCGCAAGCAAACCUGUGUUCCACUGAUUGCCCGGUUAGUUUGAAACACAGGAUACGAUUCUUCAGCAAUGUCCAACCGAGCUUUAGCGACCGUCAGACGGCAUACGUUUGCCAGGUUAAUUUUUGUUACCGCGCCCCAAUAUUUCUAGCUUACUAGGGGAAAUCAGGGUAAAACCAACACCCUAAGCAUUUCCACAUAUUCCCUAAAGAUCUGCGUCUUCGACUUGUAAUUUUUACAGAACCUCUAUUCAACUGUUUAUGAACCAUUCUACACUAUCUGUUGAUCUUUUUUUGAGUAGAGCUCGAAUUUUGAUAGAAUACAAAAAACGAUGUUUUCAGGUGAAAUAAAUGGACACCCUGUCGGCUAAAACUGACACCUUUGAAGAAAAGAAUGAAAACUUGUUACAAUAAUUUCAAAUUAUUAAAAGGUUAUCUAUAUACUAUGUAGACUCAUUAGGAUCCCAGUUUAGGUGAACAUCUACGUGAAAUGUGUCGAUGAACGUUGAACGAAGGGAUACCAUUAUCUCUGCUAGACUUUUUUGUUGACAUGCCCGAUUCAACGUUGGUUUUGGCUGUUCUAUCAGUUCAACUCAGCCGUUUUGUCUUUCGAAUAUAAACACGAGGCAUCUACAAAAAGCAAGAACGCAUUAUUCCUGUCUGUGAAACACAAACCAGGUGUCGGUUUUACUCUGACUGAAGGUGUCGGUGUUACCCCGAAUGGAUUCGAAAUUUUGAAACGAUGUUUUCGAGCAUUGAUCAGCAACAACACUACCUACCGUCUCACAAACUACACUGAACAAUUAUCUACGAUGAAUUAAGCUCAUAUAAGUAUCGAAUAUUCCAAAAUUCUCCGACUUAAACACUUAAAUUCCACGAACGAAAUUCUACAUGGACUGUCUCCUGUUUGAUAGCCGGUUCUGUUCUGUUGUUUGUUUUGACAGCAAAGCGACUUCCGCAGCUGUGGGGUGACUCGAAACGUAAGAAAUGACAAGUGUGUACAGAGGACAUCGGAAACUUUCCAAAAAAUUGCUUCUAACUGAAAAAAUCAGAUGGUGUCGGUUUUACCCUGAAAUCCCCCCACACUUUUUAUGAUUGGUUGUUUCUGUUGCAGUCGUUUUCUGUGGCGAUUUAUUCCGGGAACCGUUUGCAAGAAUGGUUGCUGUUGAACCAUUAUUUUUGUUUACUUUCUUAUUUCGCGGAGUCAACCCCCAGGAAUGUAAUGUAAUACGGCUGAUAGGUGCAUUACGUGAAGUGGCAUAUUUCCAACAUAUGAACGUGGGUUAGUCAGGUGUGUCCCACAACGUGUUCUCGCCAGAUUACGGUUCCGAUAAACUUGUACGUUCCAAACAUUUGCAGAAAAUUGGCUUAAUUUGUCAUAAAUGGGUAUUAAAGUGUCAAUUUUUUAUCCCAUCUAUUUAUUUUAUUAUGCUCAUUAAACACUUCAGCAGUAACAGAGCCGAAUUUAUUCGUGUGAAUUUUUAUCUUAUUGAUAUUUUUGUUGUUGUGUUUAGGCGUAAAAGUAUUCCUACCUUAUUGAUAACAAUGUCGCCUUUUUUGGUGUAAGAACAUUUCUAUUGUUCGAAUGUUCACAGCUGGACCAUACACAGUGGGACAGUUGAUAUGAGGUUUCCAUUGUCGUGUUAUAAAUAGCACCAAUUACCGAUGCAGCCGACCGUAUGCGAAGUAAGAAGCUGGGAUCACCAUCACUAGAUCAUCGUUGCGUUUGUAAUCCAUAUUCAACAUAUCAAGAAAUAUGGCAGUUGCGGUAGGAAUAUUUCCAUUGAAUGUUUCCAUGUAGGUUUUCACGAACGUUUUCGUGCAGUAGAAUCACUUUUCCAUUCCCUUGAACCCAAAGUAGUUGUAACCCAAAGAGGGUUACUGGGAUGAACUCACUGAUAGCUGUAGGCGCUGGAUCAGUUUUUUCACAGACGAAAAAACGACACUCAACCUUUCUUGGCUUCGAAUGACAAGGAAAAAAAGUUGCUUGUUUUUGGAUCAUUUCCAACGGAUGCAAUCGCUUGGAAAUGGCUCGACGGGUAGCUCCUUUUGAAAUUAAAGUUUUUUUUUCAAACUUUUCGGUCAAAACUACGUUAAAGUAGUUAAUCAGGAGACAAUUUGCCAUUUCGGUAUCGUUGAUUUAUUUUCUAGAAAUCUCUCCACGGGAUUCCGGAUGUCUUGGGCUCCUGCUCGUCCCAAGCCUUCUUCAACGCAGCAAAAUAGUUUUGCUUGUUCGUAAUGUCAGUUUUGGCCAACAAGGUCAAAAUCGCCCAUAAAUUCUCAAUGGGAUUCAUGUCGGGGCUUUGGGGUGACCACACCAUUGGUUUGAUCCGGGCCGAUCGGAAGAAUGCUGCUGUUUUAUUUGAGUCAUUAUCUUGUUGGGAAGUAUAGUUAUCCUUCUGCCCCAUUUUCAGCAUGAAUUCUUCCAGGUUCUCGCAGAAAUGUCAAACUAACCACCGGCAGACCGUUGACCUGUGCUAAGUUUCUCUUCCGCUCUUCCGCCAUACUCGGAGUCGCCUUUUCUUGUUUAACAGUUCGAACAUGGACUUGACCGACCAAAUAACGCGCUUCCAUAACUCCAGUGGCUUGUUGACAUGGUCCCUCGCAAACUAAAGUCUUUUUCUGGUUGGUUUUGCUGAUCGCUUUUAGGCUAAGUAACUCUUCAUUUCCCAUUCCACCAAGCGUCUUCGAAUGGUGCGAUUGGAAAAGUCCAGAUCCAAGCUUUCUAUAAUCGCCCGAAUGGUUGUUAGUGUGUUUUUCUUUAAUCCCCGAAUGAUUAGCGUGUUCGUUCUUGCAUCAGUUUAACAUUUCGAUCCCCUUCCGGUCGAUCGGCCACGCUGCCGAGCAUCUUUCGAAUGAUCAACUUUUUAGCUAUUUUUCGUUGAGAAUCCUUACGCUGUAAGUCACGCACAAUCAAAUUUCGUACGUGUGUUGAGAUUUGCCUUCUACCCAUUUUCCGGAAGCUUUCUCAGCGUAAGAAGCGCACGAAAAGUUGACUAAACAGCUACGAAAAUUAUGUUUGUGUCAUAUUACAACAACCAUCUGUCAAAACCGAGGGGUGCGUCGAUGAAGAAAACACGAUAAAACAAAUUUACGCAAGUGGAUUUUUAUGCCAUACUCUAAAAGUACCCAUUUUCUAAAAAAUAAAUCAAAAAUACUGAAAUGGCAAAAUGAUUUUCUAAUUACCUAUUUUAUGUAGUGUUCAGCACGAUUCUACAUUUCGAUUGACUCGAAAUAUUUCGAUUUACUUGAUCAAAUUCCAUUCUGUAUUUCAUUUCCUAAACCGAAGCUACAAUUUUGAUUUCAGAAAUUGGCUAAUUUUAGUGAAACACAAUCAAAUGUAAACAUCAAACUUAAUCGUAAUCACUGAAAUAAUACGCGGUGAAAUUCUCCAAUGACGAUCGUCAUCUGGAAUACGAUGUUUCGAGACAAGACUAAUUUCUCAACUCGUCAUAAAGAAUAGGACCCGUAUUGCCCUCCCUAUCGAAUAGCACAAGGUGCACAACAAAUACAAAUCUAUAUUCAUAGCGGUUUGAUCGAACUUUUUUUUAAAUAUGAAUACGAUUCAGUUGAAAUCAUUUAAAAAUUAGCUUUCUCCUCAGGACUUCGACAUGAUAGCGGCUUACAGUUCAAUGUUGAAUCAGAGGAAUUUUAGCAUUAGAACAUUUCUGUACAAAUUCCAAGGGCAAGUUUUGAUCACUAGAACUUAGUGCAGCGUCCGGUAUGGUUGUUUGCUGAUAAGGAAAGAACGGUAUCUUUUUCGCAACUGGAUUCACAUAUGUUUUUAAAAAAUAUUAUCAUUCGAAAGUUCUUGGUAGUCUUCAGAAAACAUACGCUGCGCUGCACUCGAGUUUAAUUUUCAUCAGCGCGCGUUCAUAACAAACACUUCUCUUUUGGUAUGAAGUGCACCAAAGUCAUUUACAAGUAAGCGCAAAAUGAACACGGCGCAGAAUUCAAAUAACAAACAUUGCUUCUCACUUGUGGGAUGUCCGUCUCAUUUUAUACACACACAUAUCAAAUUCUAGUGCCCCUUUUGUCUUCGCUCGUUCUAAGCUAAGCAUAAAAACAACAGCGCGUCUCCAUACCAACCGUAUGCGCUUGUGUGAAUAAAAAUAACUCAAUAGAGAAAGUAAAGCAGACAAACCAGAUUCGAGCGCGGUCUAAAACUGGAUAUAUAAACCGGUGUAAGAAUACGGUGCAGUAGGGAUGUGCGAACAGUGUUGACAACAAAACAUUUCAACUAUUUAGUAUCACGAAUGUUGGAUGACGACGACGUGCAUUAGCAGCUUCUUCUGCUUCACAAAUUGAAACCACGAAGUACAAUGUCGUCAACGCGUUUUGUUUCGGUUCGACUUUCUUCUAUCCGGACCGACUUGUUUCAGGUUGGGUUCGGCAUGAUACGAGUCGGUUUUCGGCAGGUCAACAAGCCUGAGCGGCACGUCCACACUUAUUCGCCUUUACCGGGCGGCUAAAGCCGAACGAAGCCGAUUGGCCUAAAGUGGAUGCGUUUCUGUUCCCGUGGUCGAGUGGUUAACAUAGUCAUGCCGGGGGUUCGGGUUCGAUUUCCGCUCUGGCCGGGAGCUUUUUCGUCAAAGAAAUUUCUUUCGACUUACACUGUGGUCACGCGUAUUCUGGACUUUGCCACUCCAGAAUACAUUCAAGGCGUGUUUUUCGGCAAAGAAAUCUCAACUAGGCACUACUAAUGAAAAUGACGCAAGUAAUGUAAUGUAAUGUAACGUUAGAGCCAUCCAAGAAGAAGAAGAAGGAGCGCGUUUAGCACCAUGGAUCAUACUCCUGUAUCCUUCGUAUCGGAAUUUUUCCGAAGGAUUCUUACCAGACUUCCACUAACUGAGACUAAACUAAAGAUUCCUCUUCCCUAGAAGCAUCAUCAAUGAAAUGUUGCUUACUAUGAAGAAACUACUCGAAUCGAUUGCCACAUCUCGUCUCGAACUGUAAGGAAUAACCACCGCAGAAUUUGUUCCACUUAUAGUUCAGUUUUGUACUAUGCAUAAUUGUUCCUGUCAUUCUGUUGCAGUUAGAAGAUGUCAGCAGCUCUGAGUUGAUCGGUUAGUAUGAGAGGAUUAGUCGGACCCACUUCACAUCGUUGUUGAAGCUUUCGGUGUUUUGAAAUCGAUAGUGUCCUCUUGCGUAUUUUAGGAAUCAUCAUCCGGUAAAAUUGUUAAUCACUUCUUCGAAUUUGAAAUGUCUGUGUCCAGUAUGAUUGAAGAUUCAUCACCUUACUACAACUGGGUGGAAUAGUGAAAAACCACAAAUUCGUGCGGAAUUUCAACAUAGCUCAAUCAUAAAAACAAAAAAAAAAAACGCGUUAGACUUCCUCUCGCGUUGAUAUCGUCCAGGCUAGCGAGAACCGAAACGCUUGUGCGCAUUGCCAAUUGCAAUUCUUUCGUUUUUUCGUCUAUCAUCAUCACCGGCUGUAACAAUACCGGUACUAUAAAUAUUUAUAAUGGAGAAAGUGAAAUUGUUAUAUAAACUCAUUCGUGUAAAUACUAGGUCUACAACAUAUAUCAUGUAACUCGCUGCUAGGGCUAACCAACCACACACAUACACACACACACCACACAUUGUUUAUAUGCAUAACAAUUAAUGUUGAAAAGAAAACGAAACAAGGGUUAAAAUGUGUUGCUACAUACAAAAACCGGGGAGUGACUGGUUGGUUGAGUGAAUGAGACCCGGGUGCCACGCGCUUGUAUCGCAAUCUUUCGAAAUUGGGGCAUCGAUAGGUAUAGGUCAUAAGCAAGCAAACAGUGUAAGCUAGCAAUCUAGGUACUUGUAAAAAUAGUUGAUAAUUAAUCUCUUGCACGAACUGUUGUGAGAAUGUCAGAGUGUCAGAGAAAGCCCUGUCUUCCUUCCGGGCGCUCAGAACGAUCAAGAAAACGCUUAUAGCUCUCUUUUGCGGGGUUGCAAUGUGAGGGAGGUUACUGUUUAAGGUAUGAUCGCAAGCUAACUUUAGGAAGCAACCUCCCCGCAACCCUCCAAGUCAACGAGAGAAAAGACAAUUGUUUUAAAUUGUUCUUAUGUAAUUUAAACGAGAAGAAAAAAAACAACAGCAACAAAAAGAGUGUUUUGUUCUUUUGAACGUUUGAAUUUGGAUUCGUUUGAAAAAAAAAUUGAUGUCGUUCAUUUUGCGUGAGCCGUGUGUAGAAAUAGAAAUAAAAAUAAAAAUAAUGGCGUGCGCUUCAAUAAAUAAAAAACACACUAAAACAGGGUAGAUAGUAUAAUUUGGCGGCAGCAUCAGAAAGGAUAUAAAUUUCACCCUAUAUAGGCACGCGCCAUUUUUCGCGGAGGCAAACGAGAGUGUGUGUGGGUGGGACGUCCGUGUGUGUGCGUGAUUGGAAAAAUCAUGUAUCUCGUUGUAUGUGUAAAAAGUUCAAACUAGUUGAUGCUUAAUUUUUGUGGUUGGUAAAGAAAAUAAAUCAAAUAUAAGAGGGAACCAUCCAACACAGAUCCCCCGAUGCUCUAGUAGAGGCAACAGAAGCAGAAGAAAAAAAAAGAAAAGUGUGAAUAUGUUUAGAAAAUGAAAGUAUGCAACACUACUUCUGAUUGCGCUUGAAUAUUGUAAUUAAAAAAAAGGGUAACAUAAAAUUACAGUUGUCAUUUACGUGUACUUUGGAAGGAAAAUUCUAAUAGAAGGCAGAACAAUUUAAAGUUUAAUGUCAAAGUCAAAGUGAGAAAGAUACCAGGUUAAAUAAUUUCAGAGGCGGGAGAGACGAGAAAAUCCACUAAAACAAAAAUGAUCUACUAUCCUACGAGAGAAACGACAUAAAAUGAACAUAAAUCAAUAUUGAAAAGAAAUCCUUCAAAAAAGUAUUAUUCUUAUCGAACUAAAAUGAAGAAAUAAUAAUAAAAAAAUACUGAAAUUAGGGUUUUAAUUAAAUUAAAUUAUUAUUUUUUGUACACAAGAUAAAAUAAGAAAUUCAAAAUAUACUUCAAGAUAACUAUGAGAAAUUAAA